AUGGAGUGCCGUUACCUGCCUGAUCGUGACAGGAGACCAUUGGCCCGCUCACGUCUUAUAAACGACGAUCCUGAUGAGUUUGCGACCGGCGACUGUGGCCCUUAUGAUGAGUGUUGCGAUCAUGCCCUCCCGCCUGAGCAUAGUGAUGUCCCUACUGCACCUACUGCACUCCGUGUCAGCAUCAUUCAAUCACCUGUUCUCAACACCUUUUACCACGAGCACCCCGUGCAGCUCACCCUUGAUACUGGCGCCACGUCUAACAUGGUUCGUGCCUCGGCCGCUAAGUUAUAUGGCCUACCUGUUACCCCAGCUUCUCAGAUGGCCCGCCAAGCCGAUGGAGUUACCCCUAUGGAUGUGGUGGGUGAAGUGCAUUGCACUCUCACUCGUGGACAGCAAGCAUUUAAACUAGACGCCCUAGUUGUUCGCCAACUCGAUGUUGACUUUUUAGCGGGAAACCCCUUCCUGGCCCGAAACGACAUCGGCAUCCGUCCUGCCAGGCGCCAAAUUGUAAUCGGCGGGUCUGACGUAAUCCACUAUGGUACUGCUUCCAAACACACUACUCAACCAGCUGUGCGACGCACCCAGUCCUUUCUCCUACGCAACCCGCAACGCACAGUUAUACUGCCAGGAGAGUACGUUCAGCUUGACACCCCUUGUGAUUCUGACCCAGAUACGUUAUGGGCCCUUGAACCCCGACUAGACUGUCCAUCCAACACCCCCCUCAAGGCAGAAGGAGCAUGGCCCCCACCUCAACAAGUCCUCUCUGUGGACCACGCUGUACGCAUAAUCAAUACGACUGACUCUCCUAUACUUCUUCGGACCGGCGAGCAGCUGUGUCAUGUAAGGCAUGUUAUACCUGUUGACAGCAUAGACACCACAUCUGCCCCUACCUCUACAGCCACUACUGCCCCUACCUGCUGCCAGCCCUUCUCCACUAAUGUGAUCCUUGACCCCGAUGGCUGCUUAGACGAGGACAUUCGCGACAAGUUCAGAGCACUGAAUCUGGAGUUUGAUGAUGUUUUCAACCCCACUAUCUCGAAAUAUAACGGCGCUAGCGGUACCAUUGAAGCUGUUGUCAACAUUGGCCCCACACUCCCCCCUCAGCGUAAAGGCAGACUCCCACAGUACAACAGAAGCACCCUUGAGGAAUUGCAAGCCAAAUUUGACGAGCUCGAAGUGGCUGGUGUGUUUGCCAGACCUGAACAGGUGAACGUACACGUUGAGUACUUGAAUACCUCCUUCCUUGUUAAGAAACCUAAUGGGGGUAGCAGACUUGUGACAUCCUUCGGCGAAGUUGCCCAGUAUAGCAAGCCCCAGCCUUCUCUAAUGCCUAACGUCGAUGGUGUACUGCGUGAAAUUGGGAAGUGGGAGUAUAUAGUUAUCUCGGACUUGUUAAAGUCGUUCUAUCAAAUUCCACUGGCUCACUCUUCCAUGAAGUACUGUGGGUAGCCACACCCUUUAAAGGCAUCCGUGUUUAUACCCGCUCUGCUAUGGGCAUGCCUGGGUCGGAAACAUGCCUCGAGGAGCUAAUGUCUCGAGUUCUGGGUGACCUAAUUCAAGAGGGUUGUGUUGCCAAAAUUGCUGAUGACCUGUACGUUGGUGGGAGCAACCCUACAGAUGUCCUUCAUAAUUGGCGGCGCGUUCUUUCCUUGCUUCAACGCAACAAUCUUCGUCUCUCCGCGCCCAAAACACUCAUCUGUCCCAGAAAGGCCACCGUGUUGGGUUGGGUAUGGUCUAAUGGCACCCUACAGGCUAGCCCCCACAAGUUAGCCGCAUUAUCCUCUGUUGACCCUCCUACUACUGUUCAAGGCCUACGAUCUUUCGUUGGUGCAUACAAGGUGCUCAGCCGAGUACUCCCUAAGUUCGCUGAAUUGCUGGACCCCUUGGAUCAGGCCACCGCUGGAAAGGAAUCUCGAGAAAGACUAGUGUGGUCCGAUGAGUUACUCCUGUCUUUCAAGUCCGCCCAACAUGCCUUGGAAAACCACAAGACCAUCACAAUCCCCCAACCCCGCGACGCUUUGUGGAUCGUGACAGAUGGUUCUGUGAAGAAUAGAGGCAUCGCAGCCACACUCGACACCCACCGGAACGGUAAACUGCUGUUGGCUGGUUUUUUCAGCGCGAAACUGCGAAAGCAUCAAGUGACCUGGCUACCGUGUGAGAUCGAAGCUCUGGCCAUAGCUUCCUCCAUCAAGCACUUCGCCCCUUACAUUAUCCAGUCAUCCCAUACACCCGAAGUUCUGACGGACAGUAGGCCUUGUGUCCAAGCCUACGAUAAGCUUAGGAGAGGAGAGUUCUCAGCCAGCUCCAGAGUUACCACCUUCCUGUCUACAGUCAGCCGCUAUUCUGUCCAUGUGCGCCACAUUGCAGGUGUUGAAAACCUCCCUCAGACUUCGCCAGCAGGCACCCAAGAGAAUGCUUGGACUCCAGCUGUCAGAUUUGUCGCUUUAUUGCGGAGUUGGAAGAUUCUGUUGUGCGCAGCAUCUCCGUGAGCGAAGUCCUAGAGGGUUCUGUUCGAAUGCCCUUCACCAGCCGCGCCGCAUGGCAAGCUACCCAGCUGGAAUGCCCUCACCUCCGGCGAACCCAUUCUCACCUCAGUCAAGGUACCCGACCUUCAAAGAAGGCUACCAAAAUAAUUGAUGUCAAACGCUAUCUUCAGGACGUCGUCAUCGCCACUGAUGGUCUUCUCGUUGUCAAAGACCACCCGCCUUUCCAGCCCCCUCGCGAUCGCAUUGUUGUCCCUCGCACUGUUCUUGAUGGACUCCUGACAGCCCUUCACAUCCGUUUCAGUCAUCCUUCCAAGUACCAAACCAAGCGCCUUUUUAGCAGGUACUUUUUGCUCUGGACCUUGACAAAGCAAUUGAGACUGUCUCUUCCUGCUGUCACACCUGUCAAUCUCUGAAGACUAUCCCUAAACACCUGCACCCGCAGUCAUCUGCCGAUGCUCCUCCUACCAUUGGCGUAUCAUUUGCAGCUGAUGUCGCUAAGCGUCAUCGUCAACUGAUCAUGGUUCUAAGGGAAACAGUGUCUUCGUACACCGUGUCUUCCUUCAUCGCGAGUGAAAAACUCGAAGACCUCCGCAAUGCCAUCAUCAUGCUCUGCUCUCAGCUCCGUUCCCUUCGCGAUGGAGGGGUGAUCGUCCGCGUUGAUCCUGCCCCUGGCUUCUCCGCCCUUGCCAAAGACAGAGUACUCCUCUCUUAUGGGAUCACCCUGGAGGUUGGUAGGCCCAAAAACCCUAACAAGAAUCCUGUGGCUGAGCGCGCGAUCGAAGAGCUAGGCUUGGAGAUCCUCAACUUGUCUCCUGAGGGAGGCCCCGUCUCUCAAACUACGCUGUCCUUAGCAACGGCCAAUAUGAACUCCCGCAUCCGCCGUGAUGGCCUCUCAGCUCUUGAGUUGUGGACGCAACGCGACCAGCUCACUGGUGCGCAGCUUCCAAUUGUCGACCGCCAGAUUAUCCUCAGUCAAAACUUUUCCCGCCAGCAGAAUCACAUGCCGAGUGCUAAGUCCAAGGCCCAUGGCUUUACCAAAGCCUCCAUCCCCACUGUCCUUGUUGGUGACCUUGUUUUCAUCAAAGGUGACAAAGACAAACUGAAAGCCCGCGACAAGUAUCUUGUGAUCGGCAUCGAUAAAGACCUUUUCUGUCAGCUCCGCAAGUUUACCAGUUCACAGUUCCGCAGUAAGGUCUACACCAUUCCUAUGUGUGACUGCUACCCUGUCACCCCAACUGUCCUAGCUCAGACUCCACAAGGACCCAUCCGUGGCCAAACCGAAUCCACUGCUUCUGACUCUGACGAUGAUCCUGUUCCCGUCGUCCCUUCACUAAGACCCCCUACAGUGCUUGCUUCUCCACCAGUGGAUACCUAUACUGUUCCGGUACACCACUCAGUGUCUCCAGCUCAUUCUCAGCUACCCGCCCAGGAACACCCCCCAAUUCCUGAAGUCAUUAUGCCUUCUCGGAGUCCUCCACAAGCUCCCCUGGACCCCUCUUUUACUGAUGAUGCACAGCCGACGCCUGCUGCUGUUAUCCCCACUAGGAAAUCUGACCGCUCAUGA